AUGAACAAUGGCGCUGGAGCACCGCUGAAAUGCCCAGGAUUUGGUGACCUUCCAGUUUAUCAUGAAAUUGACCUCGUAGAAGGUUUCAAUGAUGGCGCAGCAGGCUGGGAGCAAACCCCGCGGUUGACGGCUCGUGAGUUGGCUAUGCUGUCAAUCAUGAACCAUGUCACGGAUACGAAAGAUUGGCAUCUCAACAUUUUCGAUGUCGAAAAGGUCGAAGAGUGGCGGCAUGAUGCGAGUUUCUCGGCCCUUGACUUCACUAUAGACGAGCACAGAAUGACUGAAUGGGGAGAGAAGACUGGCCCUGCGAUGCCUCUGGUGAGCGAGAAGACUUGGGAAUGGUGUUUGGCCGAACUCAAAGACAAGGCAGUAGCUUUUCAUGACAAACAAUUCUUACGAGUAUUGGAUGCCGGCUCAUGCGUUUGCAAAUCAGAUGGCCUAGUUUCUACCGAUACAGCAGAAGGGUUCAAAGUUACAGUAGCGCAAUUACGGUCUGGAAUCAAAGGCCAAACCGCUCAAGUGGACAGAAUAUCUGACCUUGUGGACCCAUCGAUGUAUCCAUUGGUUUAUGGAAGGACGGAAUACUUUGCCGGUGGGCAGCAAGUAGCACUCGAGAACUGUGUUGAGACAUGCUUCUCUCCUGAUACGAAUACAGCACUAAUACAACCAGAGCCAACAGUGUCGGAAGAAGAAGCAACGUCACACCCACCUUGGCAUCUUUGGGGUAAAAAGAGUGACGCCAAUUCUUAUAAGUAUUCUUCCCAGUUUCAAUGGCUACCUUGCGAAACCAAAUACACGUCUAAUGCGGAGGACCCUCUGCGCAUUACAUCUUAUAUAAACAAUUUGCAUCCGAUGCACAACAAAUCACUCUACAGGCUCAUCGAGAGAAUAAUAGCUCCAGCAAUUCGAAUGUGGGAAAGCUGUUUGUUCAAAGGGAAUGGACUCCCAACAGAUGGCAGUGUAGGUGUAGCUCCGAUUCGGAUCAGAACUUAUGGUCACGUAUAUACAGCAAAUCCCCCUUGGCUCGAUACUGUCUCCCAGGAUAUGCGAGAUUUAUGGGAAGCAGGAACCGCCGGAGAUAUACAGCUAGGUGAAGAAUCUGACAGCUGUCUUUGGCGAAUCUACCAUUUCCUAGCACGGAAUCCGUCUUACGAUAACGAGAAUAUAAACCGGCUGCUACCGGAGUGGGCACUUGACCGGAUCACAAAUAUCAGAUCCAUGACUUUUCAAACGUGGGCAGAAUCAUUGACUACUUCCGAAAAAUUCUUUAGCCUCAUACCAUUACUAGAAAAGAAACGGGAUAUCAUUACGAGUCUAUCUGACCCGGAGCCUGGAACAGCUUUCUCCUACGAGGCUUGGAGAGAAGGCAGAAAUGGCCAAGUCAUUGUAGGAAGCCCAAAUUACAAACGUAAUCGGAGGAUGCCCUCAAAGGACCCAGAUCCUGACAACGGCAUUCAGAUUGUAGAUCUCCAGGACAUUUUCCACAAAAAAGGUCUUCAAAUAAUCGUUCGUAUACGGGAGAUAAAUCUCACUGCUGCCGAGCCUACCUUUACAGACGACCUGACGUUGGAAGCCCAGCGGAACGAGCACAUCGUGUCUACCGCUGCUUAUGUAUACUCUGUGACUAACGUCACCACUCCUAGGCUUUCUUUCCACCAGCCUACCUCUAUGUCCUGUGAGGAGUGUCAUUUUGGGGAAUCCGGGAACGAGUUUUACGACAAUGACGCUUGGGACACGCAUCGCCGCGUCUUCGGUUUUACCCAAACCGAGGAAACCAAAGCUCGCUACAACCCUGAGCAACCGUAUGCAAGUACCUGGGAGUGGGUGUAUCAUACACCUCCACUGCAGACGCUUGGUUCGGUCAGUCUCCCAGUAAAUCGGUUACUGACCUGGCCCAACACGCUCCAACAUCGCCUCGAUGGCCUCGCUCUCGUCGACGAAACACAGCCUGGCACCUUCGGAAUGUUAAUCAUCUAUCUUGUUGACCCAAACUACCGCAUCUGCUCGACAGCAAACGUGCCCCCGCAGCAGCACGACUGGUGGGCAGAAGUAGCACUUGAUCAGACGUUCUUCGGAAAAGAUGCCAGCCUAGGAGCACGAAGUUUGCCGCCGGAAGUACGCAAGAUAGUGGAGGGCUUCACCGAAGGGUGGUUGAUGGGCGAUGAGAAGGCAAAAGAGAUUAAAAGUUGGGUGGAAGAAGAUCGGGCGCAAGCUCUGCGUGUGACAAGGCUUGGGAAGCAGUCUGAGGAGUUUGACCCCCAUUUCAUCCUAUACGGGCCGUAUUGA